CCUCGCACCGGGGGCGGGCUCGCUGCGCGUGCCGGGCGGGGAAGCGGCGCGAGCCGGGUUCCUGAGAACGUUCGCCGCGGGGGCGGCUCCGGGGCCUGAGCGGGCGCCGCCACCGCCUCAGCCUCGGAGGCCGGGCCGGAGGAGGCGGAGGAGGCUGCGGCCGCCGGAGACCUUUUUGACGCCCCCAGCUCCGGCCGGGAAGAUGAUUGAGGAAAGUGGGAACAAGCGGAAGACCAUGGCAGAGAAGAGGCAGCUGUUCAUAGAAAUGCGUGCUCAGAAUUUUGAUGUCAUACGACUGUCAACUUACAGAACAGCUUGCAAAUUGCGAUUUGUGCAAAAACGAUGCAACCUACAUCUUGUUGAUAUUUGGAACAUGAUUGAAGCCUUCCGAGACAAUGGCCUUAAUACACUGGACCAUACCACUGAGAUCAGUGUGUCUCGCCUCGAGACCGUCAUCUCAUCCAUCUACUACCAGCUGAACAAGCGCCUUCCUUCUACUCACCAAAUCAGUGUGGAACAGUCCAUCAGCCUCCUCCUCAACUUUAUGAUUGCUGCAUAUGACAGUGAGGGCCGAGGCAAGUUGACGGUAUUUUCAGUUAAAGCUAUGUUAGCAACCAUGUGUGGUGGAAAAAUGCUGGACAAAUUGAGAUAUGUUUUCUCCCAGAUGUCAGAUUCCAAUGGCUUAAUGAUAUUUAGCAAGUUUGACCAGUUUCUGAAGGAAGUUCUCAAGCUCCCAACAGCUGUCUUUGAAGGGCCAUCUUUUGGUUACACAGAGCACUCAGUCCGCACCUGUUUUCCACAGCAGAAAAAGAUAAUGCUAAAUACGUUUUUAGACACCAUGAUGGCCGAUCCUCCUCCCCAGUGCCUUGUCUGGCUACCUCUCAUGCAUAGGCUUGCCCACGUUGAGAAUGUCUUCCACCCCGUGGAGUGCUCCUAUUGCCGGUGUGAGAGUAUGAUGGGUUUCCGGUACCGAUGCCAGCAGUGCCACAACUACCAGCUCUGCCAAAAUUGCUUUUGGCGUGGCCAUGCCAAUGGCCCUCACAGCAACCAGCACCAGAUGAAGGAGCAUUCCUCUUGGAAAUCCCCUGCAAAGAAGCUGAGCCAUGCAAUUAGUAAAUCCUUGGGGUGUGUACCCACCAGAGAACCUCCGCAUCCUGUUUUUCCUGAACAACCAGAGAAACCACUUGACCUUGCAAAUAUAGUGUUCCCGUCCAGGGUACCAUUACAUUUAUUCGUCAUGUCUCCUUAGGCCCCUCUGGCCUGUGACAAUUUCUCUCGCCCGUUUUAUAACUGGUUGGAUUGUCGUCUGCUUACUGAAUUUUAAGAGUUCUUUAUAUAUUCUGGACACAAGUUCUCUGUCAGAUAUAUGAUCUACAGAUAAUUUUUUCCAGUCUAUGUCUUAUCUUUUCAUUUUCUUAAUGAUCUUUUGAAGAGAAAAACUCUUAAUUUUGAGCAAGGCCACGUUAUCAAUUUUUUUCUUUUAUGCAUUGUGCUUCUCGUGUCAUAUCUAAGAAACUUUGCCUAACCCAGGGUCACAGUGAUUUUCUCCUGUGUUUUCACCUAGAAGUUUUAUAGUUUUAACCUUACAUUUCAGUCUAUAAUCCAUUUUUGUGUUAAUUUUGAACUAAUUUUUGUGUAUGGUUUAAGGUAAGGGUCUAAGUCCCUUUUUUUGCAUGUGGACUUAAUUAUCAUAUAAUUCAUGUGGCUCAUUCCCUUACUUCAUUCAGAUCUCUCCUUAAAUGUUAGCUUCUCAGAGAGCCUCAUCUUAACUGUCUCACCUAAAAUAGCACCAUCGUCAGUAUCCCAUUGCCUUGUUUUAGUUUCUUCGUGGCACUGUUAUAUGACAUUACUUUAUAUGUUUUUGUAUUUCUUUAUAAUCUAUACUCCACUAGAUCGUAAGCCGUUUGAAGACAAAAACUUUAUUUUGCUUCCUGCUGUAUCUCCAGGGUAUAGAAUGGACCUGGCAAAUAGUAGACCUUAAAUAAAUAUCUGUGGAAUGAAUAAAUGCAUGUGUAUAUGCUCACGGCUUACUAAUAGCAGUGAUCUUCAUGAAGUAUUCAGGCUAUACCAGAAAUUAUAUCAGUAUGUGAGGAUGAAGCAGGUCUUUUUCUUGUGUUUUUAAAGAGCUAGAGCUAAUAAUAUCAACAUUCUUGGGUUGGAAGCCAUGAUCCUGCAAUUCAUUAUGAUUACUAACAAAUCCUUGAAAAAUAAUCAUUAAUAUUGGAGAAGUCUGCUUUUCUUUGAGCUUUUUUUCUCCCCUAGCUACACCUGUGGUAUACUUGUAACAUAAUUUCUUGCAGAUAUUGAGCCUCAGAAGUUUAUUUCAUUGAGUUAAAUUUCUUAAUAGAAUGUAUAUACUGUGAUCUGGUUGCAAGUCAGGAUAAUCUGAAUAUUUCUUAGCACCUUUACAGGUCUUGCCCACUUUUGACUACUAAGUUUAACACCUACUAAGUUAGCCUUUUUCAUUCUUGUUAAACCUCAACUCUGUGUACAGAGUUGACAAAUCAAUCUUCUUGAAUCACUGCCUUUGUCAUAUUACUUCCCUAUUUAAAAAUCUACAAAACUCCACUGACUAUAGAAUUAAGGAGGCACUCCUCAAGCUGGAAUUCAAGGCCCUGUGUAAUCAGGACCCACCUUCCUUUUUUAAUCUUAUCUUCUACUGCUAAAUUAUUGCAGGACAAAGCCUCACUUCCGCCAGACCUGCCUCCUUCCUACCCUUUAAAAAAUGUUAUCUCUUCCCAUACCUCUGAGCUGGCUCAUGAUGUCCUAGCCCAAAUACCCCCUUUUCCUGAAUGCCCUUCUUGUCUCUUCCAGACUUUCCAUGCUUUAUAUGUCCAUGAGCUGAGCUUAGAUUCUGCUGCAUUCAUGAAACCUUCUUUGAACCCUAGAGGCAGCUAACUCUUAUGAAUCUCUCCCUUCCUUACCUAGAUUCUUUUAGCUCUUGUUUUAUUAGUCAUUUGGGCACCCAAUAAAGUGCUCUCUCCUUCUUUAAGGAUUUCUUGAGUAUGUAUUGAACCUGGAUUUCUUGAAGACUGUAAGCACUUCCUUUGCACCGUCAACUUCUUAAGGUCUGGGAUUGUAUAUCCUUAGUAACUGGCACACUCCAGUGUUGGUGGAACUAAACUCUACUGAUUUGUUGUACUUCUGGAGUAUGGAGCCCAGUUGUAAAUUCUAGUUAAAUGAGGUUAAAUUUGACAAGUUUCUUGUCCUUCUCUUCAAGGUCACACUAUAGGCCUUUACUACUUGUUUACUUGGUAUGACUUUGAUACGCCCUUACUGAAGCUUUGGAAGGCAAUUAAAGAAAGGUUACUCAGAUUGUAAAAAUCUUAUUUUUUAUUAGAUUUUGGAGAGAGGUUCUUAUUUUACUACUUGAAAUAAUUCUAGAGAUAAAGAUAAGGUUAAAGUAAGGCAUCUUCUCCUUUGGUAAAAGGACCUUUCUCUUUUGUCUCACUUAUUUUUUCCCUAUUGGAUAAUUUAAUGGGAUCAUUUUAAGGGUAAAAUUGGAUACAUGGACUCUAAGCAUGAAUUUAAGAAAAUAUUCUGUUAAUUCAUAUUGAAUAAUCUUCCCCGUUGGUUUCUCGCUUUUUUAGUAGAAUUCUUUUUGGAAUUUAAGUGACUUCUUUAUUCUCCUUAGCCAUUUCUUCCAAGCUGUCACCACCUCAUGUUUAAUUCUGUAUAAGCCCAACUGUUAUUUUUCACUCAUUUCCUGUGUCCAGUUUAUUACAAGAAAAACAUUCUUGUUAAGAGCUUCUCCGUAGAGUUUCUUGAGAUGAAUAUUUAACAUCUUCAGUUUGAGAAAUUGAUUAAACUGCCAUUUAUGUUAUCUCUCUGAGCUCAGCCUUUAAAUCUAGACCUGGCAUAAUAUGUAGGGAUAAAAAUCUUGCUGACAGAUUGGAUGUGGAGUAUGAGAGGAAGAGAGAUGUCACUUUGACCUGAACAAUUGGAAAGAUAAGAGAUGGGGAUACCUACAGGUGAACAAGUUUGUCUAGAAUGAGAGCUCCAUUUGGACAUGUUGAGGUUUUUUUGAUACCCAAAUAGAGAUGUCAAAUAGGCAGUUUAUAUAAGUCUUGAGGGCAUUCAUGGCUCUUUUUCCCUCCCUCCCUCCCUCCCUCCCUCCCU